AGUUUCGUAGCGGGCCGCAAACGGAGCAGACCUCGUGCGGAAAACCAAAGCUGAGCAAUGGACACCAAAUCGCAUCUCUAUCCGCAAGCGCCGGACGCGCCGCCGCAAUAUGGCGACCUUGGACCAUCGAUGAUGCCGACGGAGAUGCAGCCGUCGGUGAUGCCUGCGUCCGUGAUUAACACUCAACAGCCGCAGGUUUAUGUGCAGGGUGUGGUACAAAAUCAUUUGGGCCGAAUGCCAACUAUGGCCACGUGCCCCUCGUGCCAGGCCCGUCUGCUGACCACGGUCAAGUCCGAGCCCAGCACCAAGACCCAUCUUCUGGCGCUGCUGAUUUGCCUGGUGGGCGGCAUCUGUUGCUGCUGUGUCCCGUACUGUGUGGACUCCUGCCAGAGCGCCGUGCACACCUGCUCCAGCUGUGGCGCCUUCGUGGGCAGCUACCAGAACUGAAGCUCUUCAAUCUGGCUUGAAAUACAAUUGAAAUCACAAAAUACUUAACAUUACUGAGUUUGUAAUGUCCUCAAGAUAUUCCAUACGAUUUCCGUUCACAAUUAUCAAUUAGAUAUCCAAAGGUUAAAUGUUUAAAUGUUUUUCAAUUUGAAAAAAAUAUUGCAUUAAUCUAAAAUUAAAUGUUAAACCGAAUUUGUAUAUCGCGCACAUAAAUGAAUUAUUCACUUAAUUAAACGAGAAAGUUAUGCAACAAA